GUGCCUCAUACCUCGUCAUCGCACUCUCCUUCGAAUGUCUUCUUUACCCUGACAGAGAUCUCUCUUCUUUUUCUUCUUUAUUCUUCUUUCAUCACUUGCAGCCGCCAUGGAACAAGUCGCUGCCUCAUCAAUACACCAACGGAGGCAUCAAGAACCGCCCUCGCCAUCUCAACGAGACCGUGCUCCAGAUUCUCCUACAGCCUCGAACCUACAAAGUCCACUCAUCUCCUCCGCGACCGUCGACGAACUCGUCAACACCCUGGCCUCUCAAGUCCCUGUACCUGAGGCACCCUUCUCGUCAUUCUUACUCCCGCAUCAGUACUUAUGCUUCCUAUUCCCCGCAACACUGGUGCUCGGAUCGGUCUUUGGAGCCAUCGGAGGGGACAAGUCGUCGUACUUCUCCAAUAAGCGGAAUAUUCUGAACACGCUGUUUGUCAAGAACGGUUGGGGCUGGACAUCGUUCUUCUUCUUGGUGUACCUCGCAAUCGUCUUUGGAAAUAAUAUCGCUCAACAGCAGAGCCAGCAGGAGCGGGAUGAACGUAGUGGUGAGAGAUCGCAGGAACAGGACCACAAUCAAGGCGAUACCCUCACUCGCACCCGGACCAGGUCCACACCACCAGCAGUUGUAUCUACAACCACCCCUUCCGCCAUUUCCUCCACAUCGACGACGAUCCUAGUUAAAGCCCUCCUCCGUUGGUUUCUCGCGACCAUGUACUGGUACAUUAUUUCUCAAUGGUUUUUCGGCCCCGCACUCUUUGACCGUGUCUUCGUCCUGACUGGAGGCAGCUGCUCGAUCGACGGACAUUACUCUCAAUACCACUGCCGAAGGAUGGGCGGACAAUGGGCCGGCGGGAUCGAUAUCUCUGGACACAUGUUCCUCCUCGCGCAUGCGUGGCUGUUCCUGAUGGAGGAGUUGUCGGUGUUUAUGAAUGUGCCCCAGGCAUGGACGGCGUUGCAGGAAGGACGGAACAAGAACAAGAAGGCGGCUGUUCUGGCGGUGGUGGGAUUGUGCGGGUUGUGGUGGUGGAUGUUAUUGAUGACGAGUGUCUACUACCAUCACUUGAUGGAGAAGAUGACGGGGUUGUUCUUCGGAUUGUUGUUCUGGUUCUGCUCGUAUGGGAUUGUGUAUAAGGUCAUUGACUUUAUGCCGGAUCAGGCGGUGGUGUUUUAGAUGGUAUUACAAAGCAAAAUAGAGAAUGCUAUCACAGUGACAGCAACUUCUUAGCUCUCGCUUAAACUAAUAAAAAUGCAUUUGGCGAUGU